AAUCUUGGGCAAGGAACAUACAAAGACGGAGGUGGAAAUCUUUGGAUUUUGCCCGCCGUGCGAUCAGCGAAAGAGAAAACCAAGGACUCUAACCAUGAAUAUUUUCCGAUCCUAGGGGUUCCAUCAUUUCGGACACUGGCUAUGGACUUGAUCUUGGGCGAAAGUUCUGCUGCAGUCCGGGAAGAGCGAGUCGCGUCUUGUCAAGCUCUGUCCGGCACAGGCGCACUCUACAUUGCCGGAACAAUGCUUAAGGAGGCUCUAGGUCGAGAUACAACCAAUCACCGACAGGUCUUCGAGUCAAUCGGAGAAGGCGAGCGUGUCGGUUUAUGUGCAUUUUCGUCGAACACCCCUACUAUCACAGCCGCAGUCACCUCAAGCUUGGCACGAAUGAUCCUUGUUGAAAUCUCUAAACCUCCUGCAUAUGGUGCGCGGAUCAUAGCUGCGAUCCUGGAAGACGAGGAGAUUUACGCGCAGUGGCGGAAAGAUCUCAUCACGAUGAGCUCGCGAAUCGCGAUGGGGAUCAUACCAUGUUUCCCCCUGUGA